AUGGAGUGGCAACCAGAGGAGGAGGCAUUGAGCAACCUUGCUCGCUUCCUACGCGACUCGCUCGCCGGUGGUAACAAUCCCGCUCGAGCUAAAGCUGAGCAGGUAAUUACUCUCCUCGUUUCUUAUGCUCUCACAAGCUACUUCCUCACCCGACUACAUCAAUUAUAUCACCUACAUCUUCUCUCACCCUCAAUCUCCCCCUCGGCGGGAAUUCACGUCAAUGAGUACCCUACCGUGCGAUUUGCCGCUGGCACAAAUGUCAAGACGAAGAUUUCGCUUGCCUACAAAAUGAUUACCCCCCAAAGCCUUGCCUACGUCAAAAGCGCAGCUCUGCACACCUUGCAUGACACCGACCGCAACGUUUCAAGAACUGCCGGUAGCAUCAUCACCGAGCUGGUCAGAGGAGGAGGUCUGCUUGCAUGGCCCGAGGUUGUCAACGAGCUCUUGUGCCUUGUUGGAAAUGCCGCUGGAAAUGUCCCUAUGCCGGUCCGGGAGGCUGCAAUGGAUGCUCUUCUCAAGGUUUGUGAAGAUAACCGCCGAGUUUUGGACAGAGAAUAUUCAGGCCACUGUCCUCUCGACACCAUCAUUCCCAGCCUCUUGCAGUUCGCCUCUGUCGAGAGUCCCAAGAUUCGGUCUGCUGCUCUCACCACUAUCCACAUUUUCCUCCCCUACAAACCCCAAGCCUUGAUGGCCUCGCUCGACCUGUUCCUUUCAACAUUAUUCAGUCUUUCCAGCGAUUCAAACACCAGCGUCAGACAGAUGGUGUGUCAGUCAUUCUCCCAACUUGUGGAAUAUGCGCCGGAGAAGCUAGCCCCCCACAUGGAAGGAUUGGUCAACUAUAUCAUCAUGCAGCAGCAAUCCCCGGAUGACCCAGAGCUUGCCCUUGACGCAGCUGAAUUCUGGAUUGGAGCCGGCGAGCAAGCACGCUUGAAGGACGAUUUGGCGCCGUUCAUGCCCAAGAUCAUCCCAGUACUUCUCCAAAACAUGAUCUAUGACGAGGAGGAGGUCGCUCGAUUGAUGGAAGAGCAAGAUGAUGCCGAAACAGAGGAUCGUGCCGAAGAUCUACGACCCCAAUUCGCCAAGUCUAAAGGUGAUCGUUUGAACACCUCACGCCCGGGUGACCAAGUCAACACCCCCCAAGAAGAACAGACCGAGGACGACUCUGAUCUCAGUGAUGGAGAAAUCGAAGAUUCAGAAUUUGGAGAUGACCCUUCGGGCAACUGGACUCUGCGCAAAUGCUCCGCUGCUGCACUUGACGUUUUCUCCAACGUUUAUCACCGCCCUGUGUUCGAAAUCCUGUUGCCGUAUCUCAUGGAAACCUUGCGCCACGACCAGUGGCCCAACCGCGAGGCCGCCGUUCUUACUCUCGGUGCUGUGGCAGACGGCUGCAUGGAUGCAGUCACUCCUCAUCUGCCCCAGCUUGUACCCUAUUUGAUUUCUCUCUUAAACGACGCGCAGCCCGUCGUUCGCCAAAUUACAUGCUGGUGCUUGGCCCGUUACUCCGGCUGGGCGGCACACCUGCGCGAUCCCGCUCAAAAAGCGCAGUUCUUCGAGCCCAUGAUGGAGGGCAUCCUUCACCGCAUGCUUGACAAUAACAAGAAGGUCCAAGAAGCUGCGGCUUCAGCCUUCGCCAGCUUGGAGGAGAAGUCGGAUGAAAACCUGGUGCCUUACUGCGAGCCCAUCUUGCGACAGUUCGUCGCAUGCUUCGGAAAGUACAAAGAUCGCAACAUGUACAUUCUCUAUGAUUGCGUGCAAACACUUGCCGAAUGCGUUAUGAGCGAGCUGGCCAAGCCUCAGUUAGUCGAUAUUCUGAUGCCUGCACUCAUCGGUCGUUACAACUCUGUCACUGACGACUCCCGAGAGCUUUUCCCAUUGCUGGAAUGUCUCGGCUAUGUGGCGGCCGCUUAUGGAGAUGUAUUUGCACAGUUCGCGCCUCACCUCUUCUCCCGUUGCCGAACUAUCAUUUACGAUAACUUGAAGGCUUCCGUUCAAUCAGUUGGCAACGACGCUUUCGACGAGCCAGACAAGGAUUUCCUUGUCACCAGCAUCGACCUUCUCAGUGCAAUCAUCCAAGCCAUCGACCCACAGAAAAGCGGCGAGCUUGUUGCCACCUCAAAGCCGCCUUUCUUUGAACUUCUCUGCUACUGCAUGGAGGAUGUCAACUACGAAGUCCGCCAGUCUACAUAUGCCCUCCUCGGUGACUGCGCAAUCAGCAUCUUCUCGCAACUCGAGCCUUUCCUUCCAAACAUUGUACCAAUCCUGAUCAAGCAGCUCGACUUAGAUUUGAUCCGCGACGAUGAUCGCCACACAGGCUUCAGUGUUUUGAACAAUGCCUGCUGGUCAUGCGGAGAGAUCGCAGUCAACGAAAACGCCCCUCUGGCCCCCUACGCCGAGCAGCUUUACCAGGGAUUGAUCACCAUCAUUUCCAACGAGGAGAUCAUCGACUCGGUCAACGAGAAUGCCGCAAUGGCGCUGGGGCGCCUGGGCUUCUGCUGCGCUGAGCAAAUUGCUCCUCACCUUGGCGAGUUCUCAGGUGCAUUCCUGAAGUCAAUGGACAAGGUCGAUUUCACCCGGGAGAAGGCUUCUGCUUUCUUAGGAUUCAACCAGAUCGUUAUGAAGAACCCCCAGGCAAUGGAGUCGAGCUUGCUUGACUACUUCACUGUCAUUGCCUCCUUCCCUGCCCGAUCCUUGGCCCAAGAGGAGUACCGAGACAUCCAAGUCUCAUUCCAGCAGGUCCUCCAGGGAUACAAGACGAUGAUCCCCAACUUCGCGGAUUUCCUCGGCCAGCUGCCCCCAGCUGUGGCCCAAACUCUGCGCACGGUAUAUCAGAUCUAA